GAGAGAGAGAGAGAGAGAGACUCACAUUUUCUCUCUCCCAUUUCGCUCCCAAAAAGCAAGUUUCAACGGCAAACAACAAGCAGUUCAACUCCGCUAAUGGAGGGGGAGACCACGGUGGCGACCACCACAAUAAUGCAAUGCCGCCGCCGCGCCGGGCCUCCCAAACCUCCGAGAUCUUCAGGCCUCUUGAUCUUCCUCUCCUUUUCUGUUCUGUGGAACUUCGCCGCCGGAGCUUUCAAUUACGCCGACGCUCUCUCCAAGAGUCUCCUAUACUUUGAGUCUCAACGAUCGGGAAGACUUCCGUACAACCAGCGCGUCAGCUGGCGAGACCAUUCUGGCCUCACCGACGGCCUGGAACAAGGAGUGGAUUUAGUCGGAGGAUACUACGACGCUGGUGAUCACGUGAAGUUCGGCCUCCCAAUGGCUUUCACCAUAACGAUGCUGUCAUGGAGCGUGAUCGAGUACCGGCGAGAAAUCGAAGCCGCUGGCGAAUUAGAGCACGCUCUAGAGGCGAUAAAAUGGGGAACCGAUUACUUCAUUAAAGCGCACACUAGCCCCAAUGUGCUGUGGGCAGAGGUCGGAGACGGAGAUACAGACCAUUACUGCUGGCAGAGGCCGGAGGACAUGACGACGUCGCGGCAAGCGUAUAAAAUUGAUGAGAGUACCCCAGGGUCAGAUCUUGCCGGAGAGACGGCGGCAGCGAUGGCAGCAGCGUCGAUUGUGUUCAGAAAAACGAACUCACAUUACUCGCACCUCCUGCUCCAUCACGCGCAACAGUUGUUUGAAUUUGGGGAUAAAUUCAGAGGUAAAUACGACGGAAGUGUGGGAAUAGUGAAGAGCUACUAUGCGUCGGUGAGUGGGUAUAAAGAUGAACUGCUGUGGGCUGCGCUGUGGCUGUAUGAGGCCACCGACAACAAACAGUAUUUGGAGUACGUCGUCAACAAGGCUCAUUGCUUCGGUGGCAUUGGAUGGGCCAUUUCCGAGUUCAGCUGGGACGUCAAGUAUGCUGGCGUCCAACUCAUGGCCUCCAAGUUGCUAAUGCAGGGGAGGCAUAAUAGCAACGAGCAAGCCAAAAUUCUGGAGAAGUACAAAUCAAAAGCAGAGUUUUACCUCUGCACACUCCUCAACAAGAACAAUGUCAGCAACGUCGAGCGAACUCCCGCCGGCCUUCUAUUCAUCCGCCAAUGGAACAACAUGCAAUACGUCACUACGGCGUCGUUUCUCCUCACCGUCUACUCCGACUACCUCCGCCGCUCCAACCACCACCUCCAUUGCCACGCCGGCCCCGUCUAUCACGAAGACCUCUUCAAAUUCGCAAAACAACAAGUAGAUUACAUCCUCGGCGCUAACCCUAACAACAUGAGCUAUUUGGUCGGGUUCGGCCCCAAAUUUCCUACAAGGGUUCACCACAGAGGAGCCUCGAUCUUGUCGUACAGAGAAAACAAAGCAUUCAUCGGGUGUACUCAGGGGUAUGAUAACUGGUACGGUCGGGGAGACCCGAAUCCGAACGUCCUCGUUGGAGCGGUGGUGGGCGGCCCCGAUUGCGAAGACAAGUUUGCCGAUGAGAGAGGGAAUUAUAUGCAGACGGAGGCCUGCACCUACAAUACGGCGCCGUUGGUGGGCAUUUUUGCCAAGUUGUCGCAGAUUGAAGAAUCGGAUCCGGGUCUAACCCGGGAAGACCCGGUUCUGUAUACUUCAUCUUGAAAAGAAAAAAAAAGGUAAUAAUAUUAUUAUAAAAUAUAUUGAUAAACAUGUGUGGGAAAUGGGAAUUUAAUUUUGGGUGAAAAAAGAAAAAGAGAGUGUUUUUUAAUAGGUGGCUGAAAUUAAGGAGUUGGAAGCCCCAGCUUUUUCUUUUGUAGCUUCUUCAUUUAUGUUUAUAUAAUUGAUAUAGUAAAGGUAAAGCUCCCCUAUCUCGUGGACUUGCUUUUGCCUCUUCCAUCUUUAUUCUUCUGUAUUUGUAUAAUAUUUCUCAUUUAUUCCUUU